AUGGAUGGUGCGCCCUCAGGAUUCCCCCCCAACCGAGAGGCUGUUCAUCUGACUGUGCAGCUCUGCCUCACUUCUGCAUUGGAAAUGGCGGAUUUCCGGAGCAAGGCUCGAAUCUUUCAGGUUUGCUCAGAUGACGUGGGCCUUAUCUCAAAUAUCAAUGAAUCAGAGUACAGGAUGGAGAUGGAGAGCCUAGAAAAUUAUGCUGCAAACGGUGAAGGGGAGAGUGAUGGCGAGGUGAGUUCGGGGGAGGAGCUGAGAUGGUGUGUUGCAGAACCGUUGCAGUUGGAGUUCCAAUACCCCUACAGCUGGCCCGGGAGCGAGGUUGGAUCACUCUGGGUGCCAAAAGGAGAAAUUGGGGCCCCGGCAGAGAAGUCCCGAUGCUCAUUCAACAGACCCAGGUGUGAGGAUGGAUCACUCUGUGCACCGAGCCGGUGUGAAGAGCUUGAGAGCAGCUUUGGGCCAGGUGACAGAAUCUGGGCCCGGAGUGAGUCACUGGGCACUGUGAUAUGGGCCCAGAGCAUUUCGCAGCAGCGGAGCCUGAGUCCUAGUGCGAAAUACGAUACGUUAUUUAGACAAAAAAUGCCAACCCAGAUUGGAGUGAGAGCCGAUUUCACUCGCUCUCCGCAAUCUUCACCCCUCUCUUCUGGGCACCGGAGUCUUCCACUGUUCCGUUGUUGGGUCACGUUAAACACCAGCCCAGAUAGACUCAAAGGCAAGCUUCCGGGAGAAUAUCCAGGAAUGUGAAAGUCCAGCCGACCAGACCCAAACAAGCAGAGAGGGCCUCCACUGUCACUCCAGUGCACAGCAGCUGACACUGAUGUCCAAAUCCAAACAUCGAUAAAUACGAUGCCCAGAGUUUAUUUUUACAUUCAAUGAUUUGCAAAAUGGAGUCAGGAAAUAAGGUUAAUUUGCGGUCAGACUUUGCAUGUGUAGAUGGAAACCCCCAGGUCUUUUUCGGAAGGCACACUCACAGCUGUAGUUUCCAGUGUAACUUCUGACCAGAUCUUCAGGACUAAACAACUGCCACGUCCACAACACCCUCGAGAAAGGCAGAGGGCUUCCUCCGACUCUCACAGCAUCGACCAACAACUUUAAACAUACUUUAAACUACAACCACCUCAGUAACCACCCACCAACCUACAGUGCCCCCUCUGUAACCCCUUCCUACACCCUGUCUCUCUGUAACCCCUUCCCCUAACCCCUCCCCCUCUCUGUAACCCCCUCCCUCUUGCUGUAACCCCCUCCCCUACACCCCUCCAUAUGUCUGUAACCCCCUCCCCUACACCCCUCCUCUCUCUGUAACCCCCUCAGUGGAUGUGAGACUGUGUGUGUGUGUGUGUGUGUGUGUGUGUGUGUGUGUGUGUGUGUGUUUGUGUGAGUGUGAGAAUGUCUGUGUAUUUAAGUGUGUGUGUGUGUGUGUGUGCGUGUGUGUGUGAGAGAGAGAGAGAGAAAGUCUGUGUGUUUGUGUGAGUGUGAGAAUGUCUGUGUCUUUAAGUGUGUGAAUGUGUGUGUGUGUGUGUGUGUGUGUGAGAGAGAGAGAGAGAGAGAGAGAGAAAGUCUGUGUGUUUGUGUGAGUGUGAGAAUGUCUGUGUCUUUAAGUGUGUGAAUGUGUGUGUGUGUGUGUGUGUGUGUGUGUGUGUGUGCGUGUGUGUGUGUGUGUGUGAGAGAGAGAGAGAGAGAGAGAGAGAGAAAGAGAGAGGCUAACUUUACUGGCAGUUUCACAGAAAUUAUUUUGGUGAACAUAUUGUUCAGGGAACGACUAUUUCCCAGCUAGCACUCAACAAAUCUCCCGGCUGUAGAACAGCUGGAAAUCCCAUUCAGUGUUAAUGGUUUAAAUCACACACAACCAAACAUGAAACAAAUAACCAGAGGGGAUGGUUCUAUGGAGGCCUUGUGUUGCCAGGGGAACGGUGACGCAAGUCUGUUCCACUUAUACUCUUGGCAGGCUGCCAACUCCGCUCUUGAUGACUGGGGUAAAGACUAAUCCUCGUCGAGGUUAACCUUCCUCUGUCUGAGUUUUCUCAGCAAUGUCCUUUAAAGCCCUGGAACAGCAGAACCCAGCCAUCCAAAGGGAAAGAGAUUCCAAUGCUUCCCCAAAGCAGAGUGAGGUUUUGCCAGGAAUUUCUGGGUUUAAAUUCCCGGGAGUAACAACUUCAG